AUCUUAGUGUAAAUACAUUAAGCUGGCAGAUAUAUAGUCAACAGUAGUCUAGUACAAUUUAAAGCAGCUCUGACAGCUCCUCCAGUAUUUCCCCAUGAGUCGAGUCUGGAUCUACCUGUUCCCUGCGCUAUGUGCGCUUGUCUUGCCAGGUGUACAUCAGGUGAAGGGAAUUGAGGUGCUUACGUCCCCAGAGUUGGAGGCAGUCAAUGGGACAGAUGUACUGCUCAAAUGUACAUUUAAAUCUACCCAUCCGCUCUCUGAAAACAGUGUCUCUGUAUCCUGGACCUUCCGAGGACUUGGAAAGACGGGAGAAGAAUCGUUUUUUCAUUACAAAGGACAGGCAUAUCCCCCGGAAUUUGGCACAUUUAAGGAUCAUGCUGUAUGGUCGGGUAAUGUAAUGAAGGGUGAUGCAUCCAUCACGCUGAAGAAUGUGCAGUUCAACUUUAAUGGUACCUACAUCUGCCAAGUCCAAAAUCCGCCUGACUUCCAGGGCUUUGCAGGCGAGAUCAGCCUCAGAGUCGUUCAAAAAGUUUCAUUCUCUGAAAUUGGAAUACUGGCGAUAGCUGUGGGUGGAUGCAUUGGUGUCAUUCUCCUGAUCCUCAUCAUUUAUAUUGUUGUACGGGUUUUCCGGAGACGGGGCAAUGACACGGAGAUUGAGAUGGAGAACCACGGAUCCAAGGAUCAGGUGCUGUGAGAGAGGAUGCCUGACUCAGGGUUUUAGCGAGUCUGUGCUGUUGGUUUUCUGUCUGGACUAACCCAUUUCCAAUACUAGUGACACAUAAGACAUUUUUACACAGGAUUUUCUAAUUAUAUGAUAUAACAGAGUAUCUAAAUGGCACAUAGAAGCUUACUUUUUUCUACUAAUAAUUUUACAGAGAUAUGUUUUUAGUUAUCAUUAAAAAGAAUGUCUUAUUUUUGACUUUUUAUGUAUGAAAGCUUAAGGUGAGGUACCUUUUUAUACAUAAAAUAAGAUAAUCUAUCAUUUAUAUUCUUAAGAAGAUAUGAGAAGUUUUUGUGUAUAUAUAUUCUGACUUUAUCGACUGUUGCUGCCAAUAAGAAUGAUUGAGAAAUGUUGUCAUUUUGUAUUCUGAGUUUGUCUGUUGCACUGCCUUAUGGCAGUUUGUACAGUCAUGAAUAUAGUCUGCAUCUGUGUUUAGGUGUGUUUCUGUACGUUCAUUAAAUGUGGUUCACAAACGUGCAAAAAAAAAAAAAAAAACUAUCCUUUUAAAAUUGCAAUAUGAUUUCUAAAGUCAGUAAGAACUUUUCUAAAUAUGUAUAGAAUGAAUGGAUCAAAUGGAAACUGCAUGAAAAAAAUGAACAAAUUUAAUAUUUGGACCUUUAUUGUUCUUUGUACUGCCUAUCUUACUGUAUAAACCUCAACAUCUUCAGUGUUCUGGGAUUCUUUGUUCAUCAGUGCUGCGAUUAGGAUUUUGCUCUUUAGAAAAUAUUUCAAGUGAAUAAAUUCAUCCUUUAAACCUACUUUGAAAUGAAAUACUGUAAAUCUUUCUUCAUUUCAAAUUAGUUUUUAUCUUUUUAAAAGUUGUCCCCUUAGAAUUAUAAGGUUCUAGCUUCAUUCUGAGAUAUUAAGCUUCAGAAUAUGAAUAAUUAAACUGAAAAAAAUGUCAAAUAAGAACCUUAUAAUUCCAAGGGGUUUUGUACAUUUUACAAUUUGUGUGUGUGUGUGUGUGUGUGAAUGUUAUGUUCUCUUUGAAAUAUUGAUAUGAAGCUUGUUCCAAAAUCAAUAAAAAUACAACUUUUAGUUUUUUUCUAA